CAGAGUCCCUCUUAGAUUCGAUUGCCAAGUCCCCCAAAAAAAAAAAAAACAAAAAUCCCCAAAUCUCUCUCAAACCCAUUAGCAGCUCACAGUUUCGUUAUCUUCGCUUCAGAUUACCCUAACCCUCGGAUGGUUCUGGAAGACUCUUUCUUUCUCAGUGAGUUGGAUCGUUCCAUGGACGUCGACCACCACCAAGCGUACGAUGCCUGAGCUGCGUCGCAACGCACGCAGAGAUCGGGCUAAUAAUAAGAACCCGAACCAGAACCCAAUUGCUUUGACACAAUCACCAGUUAGGAGAAAUCCGAGGCGGCUGAAGAAACUGGUGGCCAAGGAGGAGGCGAUUGUAGUAGCAGAGAAGACGACGCCUUUGGUGAAUAAUACUGCAGUAAAGGAGGAAGAACAGAUUAGGGUUUCGAGAGAAGAUAAGAAGAUGGAUGAACACGACAGUGGCGGCCAAGCAGCACCAGUGCCUGAUGAUGAAGGAAACACUCCUCCACUUCCUGAAAAGGUUCAGGUUGGUGGUUCACCCAUGUACAAGUUAGAUAGAAAACUAGGCAAAGGAGGUUUUGGACAAGUUUAUGUUGGUCGAAAGAUGGGCACAGCCACUCCUAAUGCUAGAUAUGGGCCGGGAGCUAUAGAGGUUGCUUUGAAAUUUGAGCAUAGAAGCAGCAAAGGAUGCAACUACGGACCACCGUAUGAGUGGCAAGUUUACAAUGCACUUGGUGGCAGUCAUGGUGUGCCGCGAGUGCAUUUUAAAGGUCGGCAAGGUGAUUUUUAUGUGAUGGUUAUGGAUAUUCUUGGGCCUAGCUUAUGGGAUGUUUGGAAUAGUACCACUCAAGCGAUGUCAACAGAGAUGGUUGCAUGUAUAGCGAUUGAGGCAAUAUCCAUAUUAGAAAAGAUGCAUUCGAAAGGAUAUGUGCAUGGUGAUGUAAAACCAGAGAAUUUUCUGCUUGGGCCUCCCGGGACUCCUGAAGAGAAAAAACUUUUUCUUGUCGACCUCGGCUUAGCAACCAAAUGGCGUGAUAAUGCAACUGGACUACAUGUCGAAUAUGACCAGCGUCCUGAUGUUUUUAGAGGAACAGUACGUUAUGCUAGUGUACAUGCUCAUCUUGGCAGAACUUGUAGUCGGCGGGAUGACCUGGAAUCUCUUGCUUACACUCUUGUUUUCCUUCUCCGAGGCCGGCUUCCAUGGCAAGGCUACCAGGGAGAGAACAAAGGUUUCCUUGUUUGCAAGAAGAAGAUGUCUACUUCCCCAGAAACUCUUUGCUGCUUCUGCCCCCUACCAUUUCGUCAAUUUGUUGAGCAUGUUGUCAAUUUGAAGUUUGAUGAGGAGCCUGACUAUGCAAAAUAUAUCUCCCUUUUUGAUGGAGUAGUUGGCCCAAACCCAGACAUUAGGCCAAUAAAUACUGAAGGUGCACAGAAGCUCAUAUAUCAAGUGGGUCAAAAGAGGGGGAGGCUGACAAUGGACGAGGAGGACGAACAACCAACAAAGAAGGUCAGAUUGGGAAUGCCAGCAACACAAUGGAUCAGCAUUUACAGUGCACACAGACCUAUGAAACAACGAUAUCAUUAUAAUGUCGCUGAUGAAAGGCUUGCACAACACAUUGAAAAGGGAAAUGAGGAUGGUUUAUUUAUCAGCAGUGUAGCUUCUUGCGCAAAUCUCUGGGCCUUGAUCAUGGAUGCAGGAACUGGCUUUACGGAUCAAGCUUACCAGCUAUCACCGAGCUUUCUCCACAAGGAAUGGAUUAUGGAACAGUGGGAAAAGAAUUACUACAUUACAGCAGUAGCAGGAGCAAGUAACGGGAGCUCAUUUGUUGUUAUGUCGAAGGGUAAUGUUGGUUUAUUCCUUUUGAUUGCUUGUGUAACAGUUGUUACCGUUUUAUCUAUGUUUCACAACAUUCAUAUUUUGUAUUCAGGGACUCAGUAUUUACAGCAAUCCUACAAAGUCAGCGAUUCUUUUCCCUUCAAGUGGAUAAAUAAAAAGUGGAGAGAAGGAUUUUAUGUUACAUCUAUGGCAACUGCUGGAAGCAAAUGGGGGAUUGUAAUGUCUCGUGGAGCUUAUUUUUCUGACCAGGUUGUGGAACUAGAUUUUCUAUACCCUAGCGAAGGUAUACAUCGUCGGUGGGAAAAUGGCUACCGAAUUACAUCAGUUGCUGCAACUUGGGAUCAGGCUGCCUUUGUUCUUAGUGUGCCAAGAAGAAAACUUACUGAUGAGACACAGGAGACUCUUAGAACCUCAGCUUUUCCUAGUAAUCAUGUCAAGGAAAAAUGGGGCAAGAAUCUUUACAUAGCAUCUAUUUGUUAUGGACGAACUGUCUCAUGAAGUUCUUCUAAUUUCUGUUAGGAUGCAACUCAUUUAGCUUUUACCAUACAUCCGCUCAGUGAGAAAAAAACAUCUGUUGUGAUCAGUGAUGCUGUGGCUUAGGGAAAUCUUUUAGGAAGAUUGAAUGAACGAUGGACGCCAGACUCUUCUUCACUAGUGCUGUAAUGUAGUGUAUCAACUGCAAAAUUGUCCUUUUUUCAACUUGGAUGACCUGUUUAAGGAAAUAAGUUUAACUUUCUUAGAUAAAAAAGGGUAGUCUGGUCUUAUAUUUUUGCAAGAUCAUGUUGAUAUUAUGUGGCAGUGGCUGUAAUGAAGAAGGAAAUGGAUGUUUUUGAUAUUUAUUAUACCUGUCUUGAGAGUUUUGUCUU